AUGCUGUCCCAAGUACUACGCUUUACUUUCCCGGCCGGGUCCACCGUAUCAUCGGCAGCAUUCCUGAAGCUUCGCCAGCAAAUUGCUGCAGCGGGCGCGGCAUCCCAAUACUACGGCUACACUACGCCAACCAGAGUCUUGAGUCUACCCAGAAAGCGCCAUGAGAUUUGUUGGGUCAUUCAUUGGCCUGACGAGCGACAAGACCGAAGCGCCGUGGCCGAGGGUUUAGUUCACACUGGGGUGACAGACGCGACAUCUUUGGACUUCGAAUUCACCGAAGCUCAGUUGGAACAUUUGACCAAGGCGCUCGGCGCUCCUGUUUGCGAGUUUGCCUUCAUCCGACUGAGAGAUGACGCCCCAUUAGAGGACGAGGCUCUACAGAAAUCGAUGCAUAAAACGUAUUCCGAUGCUUACCAAAUCCUAGGAUUCACAGGUGGCUAUUGGGCAUACGCUAGUAACUCCAACGAAACCGCGGGUGUGCCUUGCAGCAGCCCUGUUCCAGAAACAAUUACCAAGCCUCACCGAAGGCUUGGUGUUUAUUAUCUCGGAUGGGAUAGCAUUGAGCUGCACGAAGAUGGGACCCAGACGGAGGCCUUCUCCAAUGAGCUCGACAAGCUGCAGCCAUAUUUCGGACCAGGAUCAGGUGCUUUUUACACAAUGCUUCGCCAACAUAAAUAA